AUGUCGAAGAGUGAGGUCCCUAGUUAUAGCCAAUUCGCUUGCGUGGGCACUGGGUUCGCGGGCAUCGGGCUUGGCGCGACGUUGAAACGGUGGUAUGAUAUCGGCGACAUCCAGUUCUUUGAACGAAACAGCAAGCUAGGUGGAACGUGGUUUGUGAAUCAGUAUCCAGGAUGUGCUUGCGAUAUUCCAAGUGCGCUUUACAGCUUCUCAUUCGAAGCCAAUCCCAACUGGAGUCGGGUUAUGCCGCCGCAGGAGGAAUUAUGGCGAUACCUGGACCACGUUGCGAGGAAGUACAACCUCACAAACAAGAUGAAGUUUGGUGUUGACGUCGAGAGAUGCGAGUGGUCAGAAGCCCGUCAACGCUGGAGAAUGACCAUUCGGCGGUACAGCGAUGACAGCAUCUUCACCCAUGAGUGCCAAUUCCUGUUCACGGCCACAGGGCAGCUCAUGCAGCCGAACCCAAUUGAUGUCCCGGGAGCCGAGAACUUCAAAGGUGCCAUCUUUCAUUCCUCUCGGUGGGAUACGAGUGUGGACAUUGAGGGCAAGACGGUGGUCGUUUUCGGCAAUGGCUGCACUGCAACACAGCUGAUACCAGCGAUCGUGGAUAAGGUGAAGCACCUCACGCAGGUGACCCGGACGAAGCACUGGAUCAUGGAAUCAGUCGACUCUGCCAAUACGACGUUCAUGAAGAAGGUGUUCGGCAGCGUGCCCGGAACCAUGAGGAUCCAGCGGCUUCUUAUGUUUGCCUGGGCAGAAGACUCAUUCCGCGGGUUUUAUAUGACUGAUGCCGGGACGCGCUAUCGCAAGAGAGUGCAGGCGCGGGUUGAGAAGUACAUGAGAGCAACAGCACCGGAGAAAUACCAUGACAAGAUCAUUCCCGAUUUUGAGCUUGGCUGCAAACGACGCGUUUUUGACUCCGGAUACCUCAAGAGCUUGCACUCGGAGAACAUGACUCUGAUGGACGAUCCGGUCCUUGAAAUCGUACCAGAAGGAAUCAGGACUAAGGACGGUAUUAUCGAAGCCGAUGUAAUAGUCAUGUGCAAUGGCUUUGUGACGAACAAUGCGGUGGGAGGGUUGAAGGUGAUUGGGCGAGGCGGCGAGAUGAUCGAGCAACACUGGGAGAGCUUCGGCGGCGCCGAGGCGUACAAUUGCACCAUCCUAAACAACUUUCCCAACCUUUUUGUCUCUUGGCGCGUCUUACACAUUUCACUAUUUGCUGACUCCGGUUUAUCAGGCCCCAAUUCCCUCACUGGGCAUACUUCCGCAAUCAUCGCCGCUGAGAAUUCCAUCAACUUUUCAUUGCGCAUCAUCAAGCCAUUGCUGGAUGGCAAAGGCACCAUUAUUGAAGUCAAGAGAGAUGCAGAAGAAGAAUAUGUCGAGCAGAUGCAAAGAGACAUGCAAGAUAGAGUGUGGUACACCGGUUGCAAUAGCUGGUACCUGAGAGGUUCGAAAGAGGGAAAGAAAUGGAAUGGGUCAACAUACCCUUACUCCCAAGUCUACUUCUUGUAUCGUUGCUUGUUCCCUAGGUUUGGCGACUUGCAAAUAAGUGGACCUACCCAUCCCGGGCGAAGAAGAAGCACCUGGCGGAAACCAGCAAUACUGGCUUUUAUAGGAUACUUGUUGUCAAUUUACUUGGGAAUUAGCCGGAAUCCACUCGCUAGAAACCGGUAUUGGCAGCAACUCAGGACAAUCAUGCAGUUGCUGAGACUCAUGUUGAUCAUGAAAUUGAGGAGCGCAUGGAGGAAAGUAGCCAUAUCCGCAGCAGCGUCGACUGUGUUCUUGCUGUUAUCACCAUUCCGGCUAUGGAAGCUGCGUCAAGAAUCGAUCAAAGUUGUACCAGGCCAUCGUGGAUAUGUGACACUCAUAAUUGCAGUCUUGCUGGCCCUGGUGCAGCUUUUCCUUGGCGGUACACGGGUCUCGCUGGUAACUGAGUUCGAUAUCGGCCAGUUUGCUGCGAUUGCCUCAUUUUUUGCAUGCAUACUACUUUGCCCUCUGCUGUUUUUGGAGCACUCUCGCUCGGUCAGACCAUCUGAUCUUGCAAUCAUCUAUCUGCUCGUAUCCUUGGCAUGUGAUGCAACCGAAUUUUGGUUGGCCUUUGAAAGCGGCGAACUAUACAAUACCGAUGCUCUCUAUAUGGGCAUACCUAACCUGGCACUGAAAUGCGUGCUCAUUCUUGCUGGAAGUCGAGGCAAGGCAUCGAUCCUGCGCAACACUGGCGAACAAUCAUCUCCUGAAGAAGUAGGUGGUGUGCUGAGCAGAACCUUCUUUUGGUGGAUCAACCCGAUCCUCGCCCGAGGGAACAAGUUCGUCCUCUCUGGAGACAGUCUUCCUUCGUUGCAUAUCGAGCUUUCAUCGGAGGUGCUUAGACGUCGGGCCCUGAGAUGUUGGGAUCAGCGAGUCAAGCCAGAGAACAAGAUCACCUUACCUCGCGUCUUAGUUAACAGCCUCUGGUCACACUUCCUGGCCCCGAUUAUCCCUCGACUUUCACUCAUUAUCUUUCGCUAUGCCCAACCAGUUUUGAUCAGUACGGUAAUCCGCUAUCUGAAUUCGUCAUAUGUCGAGUCUUCGCAAACUGGCUAUCAAUUGAUACUCAUGGCUUCAAUUGUUUACAUCGGCCUGGCUGUUUCCAGCGCUCUUUACUUUAAUCGCUUGAACCGACUUCAGGUCAUGAUCAGAGGAGCGUUGGUUGGUCUCAUCAACAGCAAGUCAUUGACCCAGCAAUCAGUAGGCUACGAUGAUGCCAGGGCCAUCACGUUGAUGAGCACCGACGCAGAAAAUGUCGGGCAAAGCGCACGACAGUUCCAUGAAACUUGGGCGCAGAUUAUUGAGGUCUUGAUUGGUACAGUGAUGUUGGCCCGACAGGUUGGCUGGGCUUGUGUAGUACCCUUUGUCAUGAUCUUCUUCUGCUCCCGCAUGAGUAAAUAUCUUGCUCAGAACCUUCAAAGCAAGCAGAAGGACUGGAACGAAGCUACGCAAAAGCGCCUUGCCAUGACAACUUCGAUGCUGUCCUCGAUGAAGGGUUUGAAGAUGCUUGGGGUGACUAACUAUGCCGCUGGGCUAGUCCAACAUCUCAGAAAACAGGAGUUACACAUGGCCAGCCGUGUCCGAUGGAUGAUGGUGGCUUACAACGCUAGCGCCAAUGCUUUGGGUCUUUUCGCUCCCAUAAUUACCCUAAUGGUCUUCGUCAUUGUUGCUAGUAUUAACAAAAAGGGCCAGUACCUUGAUACUGAAACCGCCUUUACCACAACAGCCCUUCUUGGAUUGGUGACGCACCCGUCAAACAUGAUCAUGACGAUUAUUCCACAGGCUGUGGGGUCGCUCGCUGGCUUCCAGAGGAUUCAAGACUAUCUACUGCAGCCUCCUCGAAGUGACAGCAGAGUCUUGUUGAGAGAGUCUGACGACGCAACGACUGAAGCUGCGCCAGCAAUAGUUAUCGAGCGCGUGGUUAUUCAACCCAAUGCCUCAAAGCCUCCGAUUGUCAGCAACGUCGACGUCGAAGUUGCCCGUGGCUCAUUAGUUAUGUGCUCUGGUCCUGUGGGGUGCGGGAAGUCGGCGCUGGCCAAGGCUCUGAUAGGCGAGAUCCCAAUCAGCAGCGGAACAAUCUCAUUGUCUUCCAAGCGCAUUGGAUACUGUGCACAGUCACCUUGGCUGCCAGGAGGCACAUUUAAGGAGGCCAUUUGUGGGUUUCUGCCGGAGGACCAAAGCUGGUACGAAGAGGUGAUCCAACUCUGCUGCUUGAAGGAAGACCUCGAAGCCCUCUCUACUGGAGACCAAACCAUGAUCGGAAGUCGCGGUUUGAAUUUAUCUGGGGGACAAAGACAACGCGUAGCUCUUGCGCGUGCUCUGUACGCGCGUUGCGACAUCAUGCUUCUGGAUGACAGCUUCAGCGCACUGGACGGUAAGACGGAACGUCAAAUCGUCGACAACCUCAUCGGUUCAGAAGGAUACUUCAAAAAGGCAGGGGUUACCGCCUUUAUCAUUACAACCUCGACUUCGUACUUUAAGUUGGCUGACCAACUGCUGAUCCUCGGCAAUGGUUCCGUGACCUACAAAGGCACCUGGGAUGAUUUAGCUCAAAAGCCCGGAGAGAUUCUCAAGUUCAAUAAUGACGAAAGCCAUGAUCAAAGCUCGGUGCAAGAGGUCAAGAUGGACAAGACCGUAUUGAAACAGAAGCUGAAAGUAGAAGAAGGCAUAUCUGACUUGAGCCGAGCGGCCGGUGACUUUUCGCUUUAUGGCUAUUACAUUACAGCGGUAAAGCUUCGAAACUUUCUACUUCUGUUGCUGUGCACCGCUGGAAAUGCUUUCUUUGCGACGUUUCCACAGUACUGGCUGCAGAAAUGGACUUCAGCACCUAAUUCAGAGACCUGGUUCUACGCCGGAGGUUACGUCUUGUGCUCAUUUCUCGCAUGGUGUUCCACCAACGGUUCCAUGUCUUCGACAUGGCUCUUGAUAGCUCCAUACUCCGGCAUGGAGCUCCACCGGCGACUUCUGGGAACCGUGAUUGAGUGUAACUCUCAACCGCUUCAGCCAAGAUAUACAGUUAGUGGAUCGGCAGUUGCCACCCGCUAUUCUUUCCCUGACAGUCCGCAAGUAGCAGCCUUUGAAAGUCUUACUCUCGCACCCACUAACAGGUUCACCAGAGAUCUUCAAAUUGAUAGUGCAAACGGCUCUGCUGUUCAGCGCGCAGAAGAUGAUGACACUGGCAUUCCCACUUGUUGUGGUGGCCAUUUACAUCGUGCAGCGGGUCUACUUGCGUACAUCGAGACACUGGACGGUCUUGCAACAAUCCGAGCAUUCGGUUGGGAGAAACAAGUCGAGAACGCCAACAUCCGAUCGCUCGAUAAGUCGCAAAAGCCUGCUUACAUAUUGUUCUGUCUUCAACGUUGGCUAUGUAUUGUACUUGACCUGAUUGUGGCUGCAAUCGCUACAAGUCUCAUCGCCUUCGCUGUUUUGAUGAAGGGUACAACGACGGCAGGACAAAUUGGCAUGGCGCUAAACUUGGUGCUUGUCGUGAAUUCGACACUGCUGAGUUUUGUGUCGGCUUUCACAAAUCUAGAGGUAUCCCUUGGGGCGAUCUCUCGCCUAAAGAACCUCGCAGAACAGACGCCAAAAGAAGAUAAACCAGGCGAGGACUAUGUUCCCAAGCUGCCAUGGCCUUCAGAUGGAGUAGUCGAGAUCAAUAACAUGACAGUGGCUUAUAACUCUGAGGCAGUUGCCCUGCAAAAUGUCACAAUCAAGGUUUCUGGUGGCCAGCAACUCAUCAUCUGCGGUCGCACGGGAAGCGGAAAGAGCACUUUGUUGUUGGCACUCCUCCGCCUGCUAGAUGCCAGUUCUGGAAGUAUUAAGGUGGACGGAGUCGACCUGAGCCUGGUCCCACGUUCAUUGAUUCGAGAAGACUGCUUCAUCACUGUCUGCCAGGACCCUUUCAUUCUAGAUCAAACCAGCCUUCGCUUCAAUCUCAACCCCAUAUCCAUGGUGGGAUGGCGCGGCCUCGCCGAUGUCCUCAUCAUCGAUGUUCUCCAGCGGACUGGUUUAUGGUCUCACUUCAAAUCGGGGGAGUCUGACAUUACUCCCUCGGAGGCCAAGGAGAUCCUGGAUACUCCCAUGUCAUCUCUACCUCAAAUGUCUACCGGUCAAACACAACUGUUUGCACUUUCCAGAGCGAUCCUCCAAAAGGCGAUGGAAGGCACUGAGGCCUAUGUAAUGGGUGGCCGACAUCCCGGAAAAAAGAUUCUUCUCCUUGAUGAGGCGACAGCUUCGCUGGAUCCCGAGACCGAGGCUGCCAUGGGCCGCAUCAUUCACGAAGAGUUCACCGCACAGGGACAUACGGUUAUGGCCAUCUCGCACAGACUUGGCGGCUUAGCCGAGAACAUGCGGGAGGGCCAGGAUGCGGUUGCCUUAUUGUCGAACGGGAGGAUUGAGAAAAUUGGGAGCGUGCAUGAAGUUUUGGGUACUAUGGUUCUGGAAAUCUGA